CUGAGCUUGGUGUAAAGUCAAGUGAAUGGGGUGGGGCUUAAUACCAUUGACUGGUUGGUUGCUAGGCAACUAGGUAAACUGAAGGUGGGGAACCUGUUUGAAACUCCCUCCCAAGGUGGGGGCUGCACGGGUCAGGGUGAGCAUAGCUGAGCUGGAGUGGCAGGAGCUGUGUGUCAGACUCUUGGGUGUGACUGUGUGAGACUGUGCAGACAGUGACAAGACACGCUUACGCUCAGCACAAUUUACCAUCAUUCAGCAGCAGAGGGACCACUAAGAUGGGGGGGAAGGGGCACAAGCAUCCGCCUCCCCUUCCCAGACUACCCCAGGAGACAGGUAACUAACUGGGCAGCCAGAGUCAAGGACGCACAUGAAAGAGUAAAGGUGCUGAAAAACAGACGUCACGUCCUGUAUUCCGUCCUGUAUUCCCGUUAGAUGGAGGGCGAGGGCGAGAGUCCACUGAGCAGCAGUGUCUCCGGUUUCCUUGUUUCUGCAUUUAUCUGCUCUGUCUUUGGAGGUUGGGGAGUAUGUAGUUUGAAGCAGUGGCGCCCCCGGCGUACACACUGAGAAGGGGGGCUCUGAAAAGGUACUUCUGCAGGGGAUUUGAUUUUGGACCUCUCAAUCAAAGGGAAGGAACGGGAGGCCUGAGACGGAUUGAGGGGAGAGGAAUGUCACCUCUGCCCAGAGGUGCUGAAAGCGAGGGUUCUUACACCCAAAAAGGCAAAACCCUCUUCCCUUCCCCCAGGAUAAUUGGAAACAGCCCUUCCAACUGAAUACGGUGGGUUUAGGGUUGUAGGUACUCCCUUUCUUCUCCCAGCCCCAUUUCUUCCCACAGCCAUCCAGAAGGGCCCAAGUUUACCCCCUAAUCUCUUGCCCUCUACCCAACCCCCAGAUAACAGUAAAGGAUCCUGGAUCCUGUUACAAAAAAGGCCCCAGGAGUGGGAGUUGGGCAACGUGGGUUUGGUGUCCGGCUUUACUCCCUGUAUGACCUUGGGCCGGCCGGUCACAGGGCCUCCCGGAGCCUCAGUUUCCUCGUCAUUACAAUGGGAAUCCUUUAGCCCCGCCCCGCCCACUUCACACAGGUAUUGGAGACCAUUAACUCGGCCCACUUUGUAAAGUGCGAAGCCUUCAAGGUUAUACUCUCCAGACCUCCCCGGGCCGCGGUGGUGUCCUGGAACGGGAGCGGCGGCUCCGGGAGCGACAGGGGCUGGGUGCCUCGGCGGGGAGGGCGAGAGCCUGUGGAUUUGAGAGGAAGGUUCCAGCCGCUCAGGCGGUCCGAGGGCAGGAGGGCAGCCAGCGAGAAACUAAGCCAGAGACGGACAGUCGCAGAGACAAAGGGGGCGUGAGAGACAGCGCCCGGGAGUGAGGCGGGGCUGCGGGGCCGGGCGGCUCCGGGGGCGGGAGGUGCGCGAGGUGAGGGAGGUGUGGGGGGCGUGGGCUGCGGGAUCCUGCGCCCGCUCCGCCCCAGCUCCAGCUCCGGUUUUUCCCUCCGCCAUCCUCUCCCCCUCCCCUCUUGUCUUUUAACUCCCCCCUCCUGGGCUCGGGACUGGUUUCCUCCCUUAGCCCGCUGCCCUCAAUCCCGGCGAGGCUGGGGCUCCGGCUCGGCGCCCCCUUCCUCGCUCCUUCGUCCGGCGCCCCAUGUCACCCCCGCCCGCCCCCCGGCUCCCCCAGUCCCCCACUUAGGCCCGCUUACAAAUCCCGGGGUGCUUGAGCGUGGGCCGGGGGUGCAGGGCGCCUGCAGACCGCCCUUGGAAGGGUGUUGUGGGCUGAGCGCUCUGUAGCAGGGGCGCCAGCAGAGCAGGAAGCGGGUCCGUGAGGGAGCGGGGGGCAUCAGCCACCCGGGUGGUCGGAGCAGGAUAGCUAGGGCAGCGAAGGCAGUCACCCCAGGGGGUGAGCGACUUUGGGGCAGUUGGUGCCCCGCCCCCCAGGCCUUGGCGGGGUCAUGGGGGCCCCCCAUUCUGGGCCGGGGGGCGUGCAAGUCGGGGCCCUGCUGCUGCUCGGUUUCCUGGGGCUGGUGUCUGGGCUCAGCCUGGAGCCUGUCUAUUGGAAUUCAGCGAAUAAAAGGUUCCAGGCAGAGGGCGGUUACGUGCUCUACCCUCAGAUCGGGGACCGCCUAGACCUGCUGUGCCCCCGGGCCCGGCCUCCUGGCCCCCACUCUUCUCCUAAUUAUGAGUUCUACAAGCUGUACCUGGUUGGGGGUUCCCAGGGCCGGCGCUGUGAGGCACCCCCUGCCCCAAACCUCCUUCUCACUUGUGACCGGCCAGACCUGGAUCUCCGCUUCACCAUCAAGUUUCAGGAGUAUAGCCCUAACCUCUGGGGCCAUGAGUUCCGCUCACACCGCGAUUACUACAUAAUUGCCACAUCAGACGGAACCCGGGAGGGCCUGGAGAGCUUGCAGGGAGGUGUGUGCCUCACUAGAGGCAUGAAGGUGCUUCUCCGAGUGGGACAAAGUCCCCGAGGAGGGGCUGCCCCCCGAAAGCCUGUGUCUGAAGUGCCCAUGGAGAGAGACCGAGGGGCAGCCCGCAGCCUGGACCCUGGGAAGGAGAACAUGCCAGGUGACCCCACCAGCAAUGCAACCUCCCGGGGUGCUGAAGGCCCCCUGCCCCCUCCCAGCAUGCCCGCAGUGGCCGGGGCAGCGGGGGGGCUGGCGCUGCUCUUGCUGGGCGUGGCAGGGGCUGGGGGUGCCAUGUGUUGGCGGAGACGGCGGGCCAAGCCUUCGGAGAGUCGCCACCCUGGUCCUGGCUCCUUUGGGAGGGGAGGGUCUCUGGGUCUUGGGGGCGGAGGUGGGAUGGGACCUCGGGAAGCUGAGCCUGGGGAGAUAGGGAUAGCUCUGCGGGGUGGUGGGGCUGCAGACCCCCCCUUUUGUCCCCACUAUGAGAAGGUGAGUGGCGACUAUGGGCAUCCUGUGUACAUCGUGCAGGAUGGGCCCCCCCAGAGCCCUCCAAACAUCUACUACAAGGUAUGA